GCGCAUGCAACCUCAAAGUCUAACCGUCCGACGGUACUCCACGCCUUACCAACUCGUCACAAUCAAUGCAUUUCUGAGCCGCCUAGACACGCGACCCCUGUCGUGGGCUGUCAAUGCACCACUUAACAUCGAAUGAGACAUGGAGUUGACAUUCGUCAACCAAUAUGCUGGCGAUGCGCCGAAGCGCAGACGUCUGGCGCAGGCGUGCUCUUUUUGCCGACAACGGAAGAAACGAUGUAUACACACGACGGACGCGAUGGGCUCGGACGACUCGGAGCCUGAGACCACACAGAUUGAGCAGGACGAGUCUCGAAACGGGGACCGCAGGCACUCCUCGACCAGCUGGCGAAGGAGAUCCUCUCGCUUUUCAGUCGCCUCGGCUCCGGACGACAUCACGAAAGCGCCGUCGAGUACUGAUGAGCCUUUGAAUCACACGCAAUCUGCAUCAGGGAGCGGUCGAGCACGUUUUGUCAGUGACCUCGCGCCCGAGUCCACGCUCCUCGACCGUCCUGUGCCGAAUGCAGAUCUCCGCCGCCGACAACCCAACGAUGAUAUUGGCCUUUGGAUUGACCGCAAAGAAUGGGAGGCCCUCACUUCUCCUGCAGAAGCCGUGUCGCAACGCACGCAAAAGCCGCAUCCCACCGUCAUCCCGCCUUUGAUCGAGAUCUACUUUACUAAAAUCCAUCCUAUCCUGCCUUUGCUCUCCGAGCAGGACUUUCGGCGCGAGUGGAAAAACAACACUGCUCCUGAGAUCCUCAUCAACGCCAUGUGUCUCGUCGCAGCCAAAGACACCAGCGCCGUGCCGCACCUCAAACUCACGGACUCCGCCAACUCCUCUUCAACCAGCACCACCGUAUCCGCGCGCCGCUUCAGCAACACGCUUCACCACACCAUCACUAAAGCCCUCAAAAGUACACCGCCAACCAACAAAAUCACCCUCAUCCGCAUUCUCGCUCUCACCUCUCUGCACACGCAAGGCCCGGAUGGCCAAGAAGAAGCGUCGAUGCAUAUUGCCCAAGCCAUGCAUCACGCGCAGACCCUCGGCCUGCACCUUGCCAUCACCGGCUCUGUGGGCAAAGAAGCGGAGAUGAAACGCCUCUUCUGGUGUCUAUGGGCUAUGGAUCGCACUAAUGCCGUGACCAAUAGUCGUCCAGUCAUCAUGGGCGACCGCGACAUUGCCAUCGAAGACUUCCCACCAGGCUCGAGCGGAUUCCCUGCAUUCGAAGCGUGGCUACGCGUGGCGCAACUCCUCAACAAAGUCAUCGACUUCUACCGUCCAACAAGCGACACAGACGCCACAGGCUGGGAAGGCGACUACCCAGGCCUGGAAGAGAUAAUCGACGAAGUCGGCGGCUGGGGCCUCAGCGCCUCCAUCCUCGCCACCAUCCACCUCUUCUACCUCAGCGUCGGCAUCCUCUCGCACCGCACGCGCGGCUUCCGCGCCGUGCCCCGAGGAAUCGGCUCCAGCAUCCGCCAACGCCUCUGCGCAAUCGAAGUCGUGCGCCUCCUCACCGGCCCGGCAUCUUCUACUUCUCCUCCCACGGCACUACAUCCCUUUCCCAUCCUGCCCUACGCUGUCUCCCUCGCUCUCUCCGUUUCCUACCAGCACCUCCGCCAAUCCCAACUCGAGCACCAGCAAGCCGACGCCCGCGAGGAUUUCCGAACCUGCUGUGCGUUACUGAGCAAACUGCGGCGCACGUGGAGUUCCGCGGAUAUCAUGGCCACGCUGGCGAAGAAGGUGCUCGAUCAAUUGGAUCGCGCGCCUAGUUUGGCAUCGUAUCGCGUCCCGCGGACGUAUGGGCAAGGCGUUCGAGGCGAUGAUGCAGAGGCUGAUGCCCCGCCGGGGGAUCUGAUCCUCCCUCCUUCAGCGUGUGUGGCUGAUUUCGGUGCUCGACCUGGGGAGCGAACGGAGGCACCUACGACGGAGCAAGGCGGGAAUCUGGCUACGCCGGGAGCAGUGGUGGAGGGUGAUGGCUCGGUGGUGGGGAAUGCGCAGGCGGCGGAGAACGGGAUUGCGCUGUUCGACAACAUGGACGAUGUCUUCGGCACGUUUAUGGAUCCCAACUACCCGCUGAAUCUGGACGACAUGUCGUACCAAUUCCCGGCCUGGGAUAUGAAUUUUGAUGGCUCGGUAGAUAGUUGAGGUACCGAGUGCGCGUUGCUCUAUGAUACAAGCACGAGAAGCCUCUAGUUGAUCUGCCCUUGGUCUCCUCUGGACCCAAUUACUCCCAGUCCUCAGACC